AUCAAAUGUUGACUUAAGCAAUUUUAGAGAAUUUGUAGGGCGCUAGGGGGCCGUUAGGUGACGGAAAGGUGGCCACGGGAACAAGAACACUCAUAUGCCCGGGACGAGCGUACGGUCAUGGAGGACCUGCAGUCAGUCGCCAGCUCGCCGAGAGCCGCGUCAAGGCCAGCUUUCUUACUACAGCAGCUUUCGCCGUUGUCUUUGCGCUGAUACUAGCAGUAAGAGCGAACUGUACAAAAAUCUAGUCAAUAUUUUGCGGGACCAUACCUCCGAGCGCCCUGGCGCGCGACCGCUGGUAGCUAGGCCAAUAUGAAUGCUGCAAAGCCUUGUUCGCUGCGUGGCGGGCCCUCGACGCAGGCGCCGCAGGGACUGUCUCCCGGCGUCAUGUCAGCUAUCGGGAAAGUUCAGAAGGCCAUUCGUAAGGCAAUGAUGGAGAGCGGCGAGAGCGGACAGUGUCUCCCGUCGCUGGCGGAGGCCAUCGCGGGUUCGAGCUUCCUAGUAACGUUGAGGACAGGUCUUCCUCUUGGGUGUGAAUCCCCUGAUUACCUAUCGACGUUGAGGCAUUCCUUCCUCAUUGUUCAGGACGGUCCAUCAUCAGACAUGUGCAUCGUGGUGGACCCCAACUUUCGCGAGCAGUUCACCUGCACCUCCAUGCCAGCCAGCAGCGUGUACGCACAGACGGUGGCCAACAACGUUCCUCAGUUCUUUGUUGGCACCAUCGGCACCAUCAACGCGCUGGUGUGCCUGCUUCAGAGUACGCUGGCGGAGGAGGCGCAGGCGCUAGGGCUGGAGCUGCCGCCAUGGCGCUCACGCUCGGCGCUUCUCAGCAAGUGGCUCCCGCGCCGCUUCACCGACUCGGUGUUCAUGCCGCCGGCCCUAGAGGCAAACCUACACCCGCUGCUGAAGAGCAGCCUGGCGGCGGGUGGGUGCCAGCAGCACGGCACCGCCUCUCCCACGGGUGUCCAGUCCUGGCAGUCCUCGCAGCGGCCCUCGCUCGCCUCCUCCCACGCCUCCUCCUCGUCCUCAGGCCGGUGCAGCAGUGCGGGCGCCGGCGCGAGCGCGUCGGGCGAGCGUGCCUCCCCAUCCCGCACGUUGCAGCCGCAGACGGUCGUGGUGGGCUUCUCGGUGGAUGCCUCCUCCGCCCCCUCCUUCUCCUCCGCCCCCUCCUCGACCUCAUCAUCUUGCUCCAACGUGUCCUCGCCACGGGUGUCCAAGCCCCGCUGCUCAGCGCUCUCGCAGCAGCUGGCGGCGGCGGCGGAGGCGGCUCGCAGCGUGCAGGCGGCGGCCGCGGACCAGUGGGCUCGUCUGGAGCUGCUGGCAGCAGCCGCACAGCAGCAGCAGCGGCCCGCGGCGCCUGGCCCCGUGCUCGCGCUGGCCGUGGUGUCGGCGCCGGCGCAGGAUUUGGCGCCCCAGCAUGCGCAGCAGGCGGCUAAGCCGCCCGCGUUCCGCUCGCCUGGCGCCGCCCAGCAGCAGGCGCAGGAGCCUGCAGCGCAGCCGCAGCAGCAGGGGCCACAGCCAGGCGUGGCGUCUGCGCAGCAGCAGGGGCCAGACCCGAGCGUGGCGGCUGCGCCACAGCAGGCGCCGCUGCGUCUGCAGCAGCAGGAUGACGCGCUGGCGAAGCUGGAGGUGGUGCGGAGCAACAGCGGCGGCGGCGGCGGCGGCCUCGCGGGUCAGUUGCUGCAGGCGUCGGUGGUGUCACCACUGCACCGUCGUGCUGUGGGGCCGAUCAGCGGCGGCGGCGGCGGCAGCCUGCGUCGCAGCGGCGCCGCGGCGAGCGGCGGCUGCGCGAGCCUCAAGCUGGGCGGGGCUCUGUUGAAGCAGCUGCCUCGCAUUUACACCGUCAAGCUCGCGGUGGCUGCGUGCUAGUUUAUACAAGACUCCGACAUUUGGUUGAAGCGGAGGCCGGCGGGCCGCGUUGAUGAAUCGGCGGCGCCGCAAGCUUCAGUGGCCACUGAGUGGGCCGUUUUUCUGGCGGAGUUCAAUUUGCCGUUCUGAAGCAGGGUCUUUAAUUCACCAGUGAACCUCUCGGUAAUUUAUCCUCGGGCGAGGGACAGGCGCGUAGCGCUGAUGCCUUCAUGCCAUCUAGUUGUGAAGUGCCAAAAAUUUACUUGGCGCCCGCAUGUUUACGUUUACCUAACCAAUGCCGUAAUCGAUCAUUACUACUCAGAUUACUACUGGAGUGCGCUAAUAGCGUGCGCUGGCGCCGGCCGGGAGCCCUAGCGGGCUUCGGUUUUGCCGGCGGGGUACCGCGCACGAGGAAGGUGUUCGUGCUAUAAGUUUCGAGGACAGGCAUGUAAGGCUGCCUGUUGAUGGCAAUGCGGGGGAUGCAGAUACUGCAUUGCGAGUGCCUGCAUGGCGUGUGCGAAGCAUGGCACUAUUUUGAAAGCAGUAUGCUGGGUGGACUGGGCGGAGCGGAUGGAGGGUUAUUUGGUUGGGCCGGCGGCGUUUACAUGUGUGCAGAUGUCUGCAGCUCUGUAAACUGUGCUGUGUUUCUAAGUAUAUCGUUGGCAAGCAUGAUGGACGCGGCUUGGGGUGCACGCGGCUUGGGGUGUCGACAUGGCGAGGGGUGCAACGCUUAGGGAGACCAGGGAGGCUGAGGUUGAAGACGAUUAAUCGCGAGCACACAGGUACUGACACUAGAGGAAUUGGAGUUGGACACAAGGUACAUGCACAUGGACCUGGAUCUCAUUUGGAAGUUUGAGUAGCACCAUGCAUGAUGGAUGAGAUGUACAAGAGCAGAGAGGUGUCAGAACGUGACACGGGCCGGCUUCAAGUAAGCCCCGCGGGAUUGAGAGGUGGCUGCUGAUUAUGAGUGGAGAAGCUCACGUUACGAUAUGAUUUGUGUUCUUUCCUAUAGUCCUACUAGGAGAUUACGUCUACGGCAAUGGUAAGCUUUCGACAAACUGAUACACGCCCCGUGAAGGAGGGAGUAGGCGCUGUUAACACUUACCUUAGCAAUUACGUAAGAUAUCGGCUAUGUCUCUGUUCCCAGUUACCCACCUCGUAUCACGUGUGUUUCUGUGUUGGUUUGGUUGCGCCAUGACUUGUUGUAAUGGCGCUGUGCGCUGGUUGUUAGCUUUACAUGUGUCAUGGCAAGGCGAUACCGUUGACCCCGCCGUUGACAGUUGCUGUUGGGCAUCGCAUCUGUUGCCUGGUGUUGCCCACGAGCGCUGUGGUUGGGAUGGCCAGGUUACUCAUGUUUCAGCUUUCGUGACUAAUGGUUGUACGGUGUGGCGAGAGACGCCGUAGUUCAGCCUUAGCGAGAUGCUGGAUCCCUUUAAUUGCUUGGUCAAAUGCCAGACCGGUGUGGUUGGAUGUUUGGUUGGCAAAGCUGCAGAUUGGUAGCUGCGGCGUGAUUUGCCUUUGGAUACACGGUCUGGCUUCAGUGUCCAAUGUUCUGCUGCUGCAUAUGCAAUUUGAUGGAAUCUUGAAGAGUACUGUGGACGCACUGGAAUGGAGCAGAGCAGUGGAAGCAAGCAAUUUGCUCCUGCUCGAUACUCAGGCACAUUGGGUUUUGCGUGACGCGGCCUAUGUGCCCUCAUUUCUUGCCUUUGGUUUGUAACACACACAAGCA